AUUUUACGGUUGGUUCCAUGUUCUCGAUCUUCAGCUGGGCACACUGAAAGGUCAAGCCAUGGUCGAUUGCUGUGGGUGUGAUCGUCGCAAUCAGGUUCGCAAGCGGGGCGUGGAAGCAAUGCCAUGAAAGUCGGCUGGCGAAGGAGAUUAGCAACUAGGGCCUGCGAGAUCUUCCUGCCCUCAUCCCCAUGGCGCCGUGCAAUUCGCUCCCCGAGGGCAAGCCCAUCUUCUUAGCAAUCUACACCGCCGUCGUUGCCGGAAUCGUCUUCUCUGCCCUGGUCAUACUCUCCUCCCUCUCCGGCGAUGGGGGGAACGGAAAGCCGUUCUACUUCUCCGGCACCUGGCUCUUUCCUUCUGCGUCGUCUGCGCCACUCUCAUCCCUUCCUCCUCUUUCUCCUCCGCCAGAUCUUAAUCUUACAGUUACUAGAACGCCAAAGCAACGAAUUGAGCCUCCUAGCAUGUUCACAAGAGCUAUCUGGGAUCUGCCACUUGAUACUAAAAUGCCGGACAUGAAGUUGUUUCAGCUAACUAAGGAUAUGGUGAAGCAUCGUGCAAAAGAUAACAUUAUUAUUGUGACAUUUGGAAAUCAUGCAUUCAUGGAUUUUAUCGUGAAUUGGGUCAAACACUUAACAGAUCUAGAUAUCAGUAACCUUCUUGUUGGUGCUAUGGACAUCAAACUACUGGAAUCUCUUUAUUGGAAAGGCAUUCCUGUCUUUGACAUGGGUAGUAAAAUGGCAACAAUUGAUGUUGGCUGGGGUUCCCCUACAUUCCAUAAAAUGGGAAGGGAAAAAGUGUUGUUGAUAAAUGCUCUCCUACCUUUUGGCUAUGAGAUACUAAUGUGCGAUACAGAUAUGGUUUGGUUAAAGAAUCCACUUCCAUAUAUUGCUCGUUUUCCUGAAGCUGAUAUCUUAACAUCAAGUGAUCAGAUUGUACCAACAGUCACCGAUGAUAGUUUGGAAGUCUGGCAGGAAGUAACUGGGGCCUAUAAUGUUGGAAUUUUCCAUUGGCGUCCUACUGUUCCUGCAAAAAAGCUAGCAAAGGACUGGAAAGAUUUGCUUUUAAAUGAUGAAAAUAUAUGGGACCAGGCCGGCUUUAAUAAUCUCGUUCACAAAGUUUUAGGUCCAUCUGUUGAAGGAUCAAACGGCCUGGUAUAUGCUUUUGAUGGGUCCCUAAAGCUGGGUAUACUACCAGCCAGUAUUUUCUGCAGUGGCCACACAUACUUUGUCCAGGCUCUUCACCAGCAGCUUAGGUUAGAGCCAUAUGCAGUUCACACCACCUUCCAGUAUGCUGGUACUGAAGGAAAGCGCCAUAGAUUGCGGGAGGCUAUGCUUUUCUAUGACCAACCUGCAUACUAUGAUUCUGCAGGAGGUUUCUUAUCAUUUAACCCAGGUCUUCCUAAGACUUUGUUGCUGAAUGGUCCGCAUACCCUACAUUCUCACUUCUCACUCAUGAAUUACCAGAUGAAGCUGAUAAGGACUGCAUUUGCUGUUGCCUCUUUAUUGAAUAGAACACUGGUAAUGCCUCCAUUAUGGUGCAGGUUUGACAGAAUAUGGUUUGGACAUCCUGGAAUUCUUGAAGGCACACUGACCAGGCAACCUUUUCUUUGCCCCAUGGACCACUUGUUUGAGAUCAAUGUCAUGCUCAAUGACCUUUCUGAAGCAGAAUUUGGUCCACAAAUAGACUUCAGGGAGUAUUCGUUCCUGCAGAAUCCUUUAGUGCCCAAACAUGUGAAGGAGUCAGUUCUUGAUGUUCAAAUGUGCGAUCCUCAUUCCAGUGGAUGUGAUAUUUCAAACAGAUCAACUAACCAUGGAUUCAUACGAUUUCCAAGGAACAGCACAGAACAAAUGUAUAUACAAACAUUCUCCCAAUACAAGGAUGUGAAAGUUUUGCGCUUUUCAUCCAUGGAGGACACCUUCCAAGGGUUCAGUAGCACUGAAAGGGAAGCAAAAUUCAGAAAUCGCGUGAAGCGGUACGUGGGGUUAUGGUGUUGUGUGGAGAAUCGCAGCCCUGGUCACAUAUAUUAUGACAUGUACUGGAACGAGAAGCCUGGAUGGACACCAGAACCACCUCAAACUAGAAAUGAUGAUCAUCCACCAUGGCAAACCGAUUGAGCUAACUUUAUAAGCAUGUUCUGUGGAUAAUAGAUGAUAAUCCAUAUGAUUUUUGUAUCUCUUUUUCCCAUUUUCAAAGAGAUAUACCAUUGUGGCUUAGUUGUAGAUCCAUCAGAAGAAUCAAAUAUCCCAGGAUGCAAAAAUUUUGUAGUCCAAGAUCGUCAUUAUACGAAGCCAAUUUGGAUUUGGAAUGCUA